AUGGCAAUAGCAGCCAUCUCCAUCUCAACAUCUCUAAACAUUAUUGCCACGUCCUUGGUUGCCUACAGAAUUAUAGUCGCCCAGAAGGCGCUCUCGAAAGCGCUUCCGGGUCGUAGCAUUGGUAUCUACACCCGAGCAGCCCGAGUAGUCGUAGAAUCCGCUCUCCCUUUGACGCUGUCUGGAUUGCUUUUUGUCAUUUUCUCCCCCUUGGAGUGGUCCCUAAGACCAACAACUGGAUUCUCCGACUUUGGAGUACAAUCAUUAGUAACCAGCCAAUUGUUCUCCACCUUAUACACCACCUUCGCCGCGCUCUCACCCCAAAUGAUCAUCUUUCGAGUCACAGUCGCUCGCUCGCACCUUCAACAAGAAGAUCUGGACUCAUCGAUCGGCCCAGACAGAGAGCCAUUGGGCGACCUCGAAUUCGACCAUGGUCCGGCGCAAGAUUCGUCUUUCAGCCAGGAUCCUCACUCCACCGAUCUUGAGGAAGGAUCUGUCCCAGCCCAAGGUUUGGACGGAGAGAUCCAGCGAGAUGCAGUGGGAGACGGAGGUUCGACCACCCUGCGAAAUCGUGCACGGGCAGGAGAGUGGGAGGAUCCGGAUAUCCUCGAAGAACCACGAAUGCGGGACGAUUUGGCCAUCCCAAUUCCUAGUCGUCCACGAGACGAUACCGGGACAGCCGCUUUGGUUUAG